CAAUCUAUCAUUAUUUCAAUGCUGGUACCGAAAAUCAUCAUUUAAACAAAAAGUCUUAUAUUGGCUCUCUCUUCAACUUUUAAUUUUCUACCAAACAUAUACAUCAAAGCUUGACUCUCUUUUUCUCUCCCAUGGAAUCAACAAAGAAGCAAGUCUCGUUGGAGCUACUUCCAUGGUUAGUUGUCCACACCGAUGGAACGGUAGAGAGACUAGCGGGAACCGAGGUUUGUCCUCCCGGUUUGGAUCCAAUAACCGGGGUUUUCUCUAAAGAUAUCAUUAUCGAACCGAAAACCGGUUUAUCUGCCCGAAUCUAUCGACCCUUCUCGAUUCAACCCGGUCAGAAGAUUCCUCUCAUGCUCUAUUUUCAUGGCGGUGCAUUUCUCAUCUCCUCCACUUCCUUCCCCUCUUACCACACCAGUCUUAACAAAAUUGUCAAUCAGGCUAACGUCAUAGCCGUCUCUGUCAAUUACAGACUAGCACCAGAACAUCCACUUCCUACAGCGUACGAAGACUCAUGGACUGCGCUAAAGAAUAUCCAAGCCAUAAACGAGCCGUGGAUCAACGACUACGCCGACUUGGACAGUUUAUUCCUAGUGGGAGAUAGCGCGGGAGCUAAUAUCUCGCACCACCUCGCAUUUCGAGCCAAACAAUCUGACCAAACCUUGAAAAUCAAAGGCAUUGGAAUGAUCCACCCAUAUUUUUGGGGGACACAACCUAUCGGAGCAGAGAUCAAAGACGAAGCGAGGAAACAAAUGGUGGACGGAUGGUGGGAAUUCGUGUGCCCAUCCGAGAAAGGAUCCGAUGACCCGUGGAUUAAUCCGUUUGCGGACGGGUCACCGGAUCUUGGAGGGUUAGGGUGUGAGAGAGUGAUGAUUACUGUGGCGGAGAAAGAUAUAUUGAAUGAGAGAGGGAAGAUGUAUUACGAAAGAUUGGUGAAGAGUGAGUGGAAAGGAAAGGUUGAGAUUAUGGAGACGAAAGAGAAAGAUCAUGUUUUUCAUAUUUUCGAGCCAGAUUGUGAUGAAGCUAUGGAGAUGGUACGAUGCUUGGCUCUCUUUAUAAACCAAGUUGAAGCUUGAUAUUAUUUGUUUUGCCAAAAUUUGAUGGCUUUUUUAAUGUUUGUAUAAUUUUUACAUGUUUGUUAAUGUUGUUGUUAUUGUCUUUUCUUUUAAAUUUGUGUAUUACAUUUAUAUGUGGUUAAAUUUGUGUUUUUUCUAAGCUCUUC